AUGGCUUUCACUCGUUUAUUGAAGAUCCCAAUAUUCCUCUUCACUGUUGCCCUGGGUCUCGUUAUUUACCAAGCGUCUCAAUCUUCGUCCCUCCAAUCUAUUGCAUCAUCACCCGAAGAGCAAUCUGUGUCGUCCUACUUUGGGAGCUGGAAAACGUGGUUCCAUCCAUCUCAACCUAAAGCGACAGGCUCAAAGCAGUCUCUAGUGCAGGGGUGGAAUGUGCUCCACCACCUGGGAGGAAAUGGGCCCUGGAUUGAAAACGCCGGUGAAGGGGCAGCUUCGAAUCUAGCACCCCCAGAUGGCUGCUCAGUAGACCAAGUGCAUUUAUUAUCUCGCCAUGGAGAACGAUAUCCAACACCCUCUGCCGGGAGUAGACAUCUCCAGUUUCUGAAGCGAGUGAAGGAGAUAGGGCUACCCCUGAAUGGCUCACUUGAAUUCUUGAAUGAUUGGACCUAUUUCUCCGACACACCCGAAAGAGACUUUGGGGAGUUGACCAGCACAGGCCCUUACGCUGGAACGCUGGGUGCCUUCAGGACUGGUGUCAGAUUCAGGACACGAUAUAGAGAUUUAGUCUCCGAAGAUAUCCGCACGCGUCUAUGGGCAAGUGACUCGGACCGUGUGAUUGAUACAGCCCGUCAUUUCGCCUCUGGAUUCUUUGGCCUGGACUGGGAGAGCUCUGGAAAAGCACAGUUGCAGGUUAUACCUGAAUCUUUUGAAAGGGGCGCAGACACUUUGACUCCAGGUGAUACCUGCCUCAAGUAUCUCGAGGAUACUAUACUUGGCCAUGACAAUGGCAUGGAGAUGCUUGCACAAUUCCAGGAGACAUACAUUCCUGCAAUUGCAAGCCGCCUGAUCGACGAGGACAAUGUCGGACUGAACAACCUCUCAAGUGAAGAUGUUUAUGGCAUGCAGGAGAUGUGUGGGUUCGAGACUAUGGUGCGAGGAAGGAGUCCAUGGUGUGAAGUGUUUACGGAGCAGGACUGGUAUAACUUCGAGUAUGCUCGCGACUUGUUGCUUUAUUACCGUGCUGGACCGGGCAACCCAUACGCUGGUGCGAUGGGAUGGCUUUGGUUGAAUGCAACCACUGGACUGCUUCACGAUGGACCGAUCGUGGGAAGCAUGUUCUUGAGUUUUGUACAUGAUGGCGAUAUAGCCCCGUUCCUCACAGCACUAGGAAUCUUCACUGGCGACAAGAAACUUCUUCCCACCCAUAUUGCCGCAAACCGGGAAUGGCGCAUUUCUCCCGUUCUCCCUAUGGGCGCAAGGGUCACAGUUGAACGAUUAUCUUGCUCGCCAAAUCACGAGGAUCCGUACGUCCGAGUCCUGGGGAGUCUUGUCCUCUCGAUCAAUUCGUGGAAUAUGUUCACCAACGAAGACACGAAGUGGGGGAUUUUGCAGAACGGUGUGGAUUGGACGGGGACGCUGGACAUAUAUCAUUCUUGCAUCAAAAUUGACCUAGAUAUGGCCCCACGUGACCGUAUCCCGGCGAACCAGUGUUUACCAAAAGUUUUGGAUCCCUCGAUGCCGGACAAAUUUACCCUUUUGCGCAUUAUCUCGCAGAACCUCCCUUUCUCGAGCUCUCACUUUUUCACGUCUCUUCCCUCCGCAUUCACCCUAUCCCUUGACUACAUCCCAUCUACCGUCAUGGAGUACCACUCCGUCCCACCGGAGGAACGCGCCAGAGACGAAGAUGGCAACCUCCUCCCUUGGGGUUAUGUCUACAAAGAUGAAUCUCGCAACCCUCGACGACCACCUGAAGAAUCAGGACCCUUCGGCAAGAGAAGAAAUGCUCGAUACGAUAAUGCCCGCUCACGAACACGAACUGGAACACCAGCAAAGCGCGAGAACCCCAAUGUCGCCGAGUUUGGUCGCCUAUUCUCGCAACAACAGCAGGAGGAGGAGAAAACACACGGCUUGCCCAAAUCAUCAUCGUCAUCCAGUCUUGACAAUCCACGGAAGCAAACAGAGAAGGUCGCCACCGAAUGUAUACUCUAUGGAUACAAAAACAAGGACAACGAGUGGAAGGUGAUCGACAAAUACGAGCGCAUUUCCCAGGGCAUGAUCUGCGAAGACUACCCUCGCAACGACCCAAAUUCAGCGAACCAAUACACCCAGCUAUUGAGCGGAGGCGACGUUGUCAUCCGAAACCUGUCGGCCGAUGCGAAUCGCAAGUCGAAGCGCUAUGCCGGUGGCUACCACUGGAUCAAGGUCACCUACGACUCGACCCAGUCGGCAGACCGCGCCUGCUUCUACUCGCCACAGGAAAUUGAUGGGCACAUGGUCUUCUGCGAGCUCUACAGUGGCCACGGCCCAGCCGAAGACGCCCCCAUCCCUGCAGACUCUGCUGCAAGCAGUCGGAUUCGCAAUAAAGCACCGCGCACCUUGACUACCUCACACUCGACCGCCUUCCUCUCCAACUCCAGCAAAGACCAGGACCGCAUGACACUGCCUCGAUCCUUUGCCAUGAACAACCUCUCCAGUGUACCGGAUAUGCCAGAGGACGAACGGCACUCGGUCGAUUCCUCGACGGUCGCUGGUACCUCCGAUGAUACAACUACAUCCACUGCAACCUCUGCAACUGCCACUGCCACUGCCACACCCUCAUUCCAACAGGGCAGUUUCAAUACGACGACUUCUUCGUCGACAUGGACGACAGGGGCUUCGUCCAGCAACGAUCGCACCUCAGUCCAUCAACGCCGAGCUCCAGGUCAAGCCGAACCCGCCCCCGACAACGAAUUCAUGACGCACAUCCCAACCGUCCGCCGCACCAAGCUGCGCCCCAUGGUCGAGGCACUCCCUCCACAGCCAACCAUGACCGAGCGCAUCCUGCGCUCAAUCCCCAUCCUGAGCUGGUUCACAGGUGACAUCGUGGGCGAGGGCCCGCAACUCCGCGAGGACGGCACAUUCGAUUCGGAAAAGUCUGGCCUUUAUUGGAGGUUCUGGCAUACGUUCGAUUAUUUCCUGAGGACGGAUAUGUGCGGACUGAAGGAGGAUAGCUGA